GAACCUUUCAGUAUGGGGAAAAAACAAAACAAAACAAAUAAAAAAUUAUCUUAAUUCUGUGCUGAUGGAAGAGAGAGAGAGUGUGUGUCGUGAUUUGACAUGCAGAGGAGAGAGAUAGGGAGAUAGAGAAACAGAGGUUCAUUCAUUGUUCAUAGAAAUUUGGCACAUUCAGAUGACAAAUUAAGCGCCAAAUCUGAAUCACACACACAUACACAUCACACAAUGAGCACACAAGUUUCUUCCAAGAAGAACAAACGCCCUCCGAAGAAACACCACUCCUCCCAAAAUGGAACCGCGCAACCACCGGAUGAUGGAGGAGAAAGGACGGUGAAGAAGCUUCGGUUGUCGAAGGCACUCACCAUCCCAGACGGCACCACCGUUUCGGAAGCAUGUCGUCGAAUGGCCGCUCGCCGCAUCGACGCCGUUUUGUUAACUGAUUCCAACGCUUUGCUUUCUGGAAUUAUCACCGACAAGGAUGUUGCUACUAGAGUUGUCGCCGAGGGGUUGCGGCCGGAGGAGACGACGGUGUCCAAAGUGAUGACCCGGAAUCCAAUCUUCGUUACAUCUGAUACACUCGCCAUUGAAGCGCUUCAGAAGAUGGUCCAGGGUAAAUUUAGACACCUCCCUGUUGUGGAAAAUGGGGAAGUCAUUGCCAUGUUGGAUAUCACCAAAUGUCUUUACGAUGCCAUAUCUAGAAUGGAGAAGGCUGCUCAGCAGGGAAGUGCUGUUGCAGCAGCAGUUGAGGGAGUGGAACUCCAGCAAGCUAGUAAUGUAUCUGUAUUUUUGUCAGCUCCAAAUACUUUCAUUGAAACAUUGAGGGAGCGCAUGUUCAAACCUUCACUUUCAACUAUAGUCGGUGAAAAAACAAAGGCUGCUAUUUCAUCAAUAUCAGAUCCUGUCUACGUAGCUGCAAAAAGGAUGCGGGAGUUGCAAGUAAAUUCAGCUGUGAUUGUGAUGGAAAACAAGAUUCAUGGGAUACUUACUUCAAAAGACAUCCUUAUGCGUGUCGUGGCUCAAAAUCUUUCCCCAGAGUCAGUUUUAGUGGAAAAGGUAAUGACUCCAAACCCAGAAUGUGCAUCUCUAGAGACAACAAUUCUUGAAGCACUGCAUUUGAUGCAUGAUGGGAAGUUCUUACAUCUUCCUGUGGUGGACAGAGAUGGAAAUGUUGCUGCUUGUGUGGAUGUUUUGGAGAUAACUCAUGCUGCAAUUUCUCUGGUUGAAAGUAGCUCUGGAACUGUUAAUGACCCAACAAACACUGUUAUGCAAAAAUUUUGGGACUCAGCUUUUUCUCUAGAGCCACCGGAAGAUUGUGAUACUCAUAGUGAAGUCUCUGGACUACUUACUUUUGACGGGGCAGAUACCACAAAGUCUACAUAUCAAUCUGUAGGUUUUGGAAAUUCAUUUGUUUAUAAAUUUGAAGAUCAAAACGGUCGUGUGCAUCGAUUCUUCUCUGGUGCUGAACAUCAAGAUGAUCUUGUAUCUACUGUCAUGCAAAAAAUUGGUCAUGUUAAUGAUGGAGAACGCCCUACACUGCUGUACGAGGACGAUGAUGGUGAUAAAAUUAUUAUUGCAACUGAUAAUGAUCUUGCUGCUGCUGUCAGCUAUGCUAGGUCUGCAGGACUGAAGGCUUUGAAGUUGGAUUUGGAGUUUGCCAAUUCAUCCAAACCAACAAAACCACAAUCUGAUACAGCCAAUGUACAGCAAACGAGUAUAUUCUCUCGCCGUUCUGGUAUUUUUGCAGGUGCUGUUGUUCUAACGAGCAUUGGCAUAAUGGUCUACUUAAAGCGCUCUAAAUAGUGAUAUCAUGAUAUGUUUGCUAGUUUGCAAACAAAAUAUGUUAUAAUCUUACUGUAUAAAUUCCAGAUUUUGUCAAAGUAAAUCAAAUACUGUUGGCAAAGGAAAUGAUGGACAUGAUAUAGGUGAAUGAUUUGGAGGUUCUCUAAUUGCCUUUUUUUGGUCACUGAUGUAAUUACAACCAGUAAUCUCUUGUGCUUACUAGCGAGCAUAUGCAAAGAUAUACUCAUGGCAUAGUACACUGAAAUGUCACCAUAUUCGUCUCUAUUACUUAUGGUUAUGGUACUUGCAAUUCCUUAAAUUUAUCAACUUUCAUCGCCUACAACUUUUGUGGUUAUAAGGUGAUGUU